AUGGAGCAGAUACUUUGCCUAGAACGCUGCAGCGGCAGCACCUUAGGAGAAACGGUAGCCAACAUAGAAGAACUCCUUACCGAAAUCCUUGUGCGUGUGCCUGCUCGACCUCUGGUUCGAUUCAAAUGCGUCUCCAAGCGUUGGCUCUCUCUUAUAUCCGACCCCAAAUUCUGUCAUCGCCACACCCUCAGGAACCCCCAUCCCUCCAUCUCUGCCAUUUUCACUAACGUAUCCACUGACUUUUAUCACAUCACUCUUGAUCAUCUAGAACAAUGUGACACUAGUACUAAUCCUGGAAACAAAAGGAUACCUGCGUCUGCAGCCCGCAAUCCUCUUAACUUCGUUCCACACCUAUAUGGAACCUACAUUGUUCAGUCCUGUAAUGGCCUCUUCUUGUGCCUUCCCGAUCCUCCAAUAGGUAGCCCUCCGAUAAUUAACCAUCCAUAUUAUGUUCUCAAUCCCACAACCAACCAGUUCUCCGCACUUGUUCCUCCAGCUGCUGCUGCUGCUACUACACAUCAGCCCCGUAUAUUCGGUUACGCUUUGGCUUUUGACCCUUCCAAAUCACCUCAUUACAAGGUGGUCUUCCUUUGGAGCGUCAAUGAACCAGUAGAUGGCUAUUGCCGUUUUUUUCACAUAGAGAUAUACUCUUCUGAGACUCAAAGUUGGAGGCUUCACGAUUCCUCUUUCAUUAGGAAACCUAAUGUCGACUAUCGUAAAGGGUAUACUGCAAUGGCGCAGUUCAUUGGGUAG